CUUUUGCAUAUGGGCAAAGAAUAUCCCAAAGGUUAUGAAUAUUUUAGAAAUAAAGCAAAAUCAAUUUUUUUGAAAAACAAAGAUGUGACCGAUGAAACUGAAAUAGAGAAGCUUCUACAUAGAGGACAGUUCGUCUUGAAGGAAUUAGAGACUCUUUACAUGUUGAGAAAGUAUCGAACACUCAAAAAAAGAUAUAAUCCAGACGAAUGA